AUGGUUAAAUCAAAUAUCGUCGAUCUGGGUGAAUUGCCCCUACCCGCUCCUCAGCUUGCAGAAAAUCCUUUUAGUUUGUUCUCAUUGAAGGGCAAAGUGGCUAUAGUGUCCGGUGCCUCCAAGGGAAUUGGUUUGGCCGUUGCAGAAGCAUAUGCCAGCGCAGGUGCCGAGGUUGCCCUGUUGUACAACAGCACUCCUGUGGAUGAGGUUCUUACACUGCUCAAAACGAAAUAUGGCGUGAAUUGCCGCGGCUACAAGUGUCCAGUCACUGAUAUCAAGAUCGUGAACAGCACAGUUGAACAAGUUAUUGCUGACUUCGGUAAAGUGGACAUAUUCGUUGCCAACGCGGGUGUUGGGUGGAAUUCCAACGACAUCCUAUCCAUCGAGGACGAUGAUAAAGCAUACGAUGAGUGGAAAAAGAUUCUUAGUGUUGACGUGGACGCUAUCCACUUCUGUGCCCGGGCGGUGGGAAAGCACUUUAAGAAACAAGGAUUUGGCUCUUUCAUAGUCACCGCGUCGAUGUCUGCACACAUCGUGAACUUCCCGCAGCUGCAGGCCCCAUACAAUGCAGCCAAGGCCGCCGUGCUCCACUACUCCCGGAGUUUGGCGGUCGAAUGGGCCAAAUUCGCUAGAGUCAAUACUGUUUCGCCAGGAUACGUCGAAACCGAGCUGGUUGCAAAACUGCCAUCCAACCUGAAAGAUACAUGGUUGGCACAGGUGCCACUCGGAAGACUCGCCAAUCCAAAGGAGAUUGCCGGAGCCUACGUUUUCUUGGCAAGCGAUGCCUCCAGUUACUGUACCGUAUUCGUAAGGACGCAGACUAAGGUCCUCUUCAGCGUUCUUCAAUUUUUGCUCCUCGAUUUCCUCGGUCCAUUCGUUAAACUCUUCCUCGCUUCCGACAGGUCUCUCAGCAAGAGUGGUAACACGGAAGGCGUGUCUGAGGUUGUCGUCAUCCCAGUCAAGGGUGGCAGUGUGCAGCAACCGACGGUUGUCCCAGACAACAAUGGUGUUCUCGUCCCAUUGGGCACGGACGUGGGCGUCCAAACAGGUCUCGAUGUGCUUGACAAGGAAAGAGAGCAAAACAUCGCUCUCCUCCUCCUUCAUACCCAAAAUUCUUCUGCUGAAGUUUCUGUUCACAAACAGAGCCUUCUUCUUCAGAACAGGGUGAUAUCUGACAAGAGGGUGGAUCGACUCAACAGCGGUCUUUCUCUCGAUACCUCCUUGGUUUCUGGCGUUGUUGGCCUGGUCUCUAGAGGUGUGCAGAACCUGCAAUCCAUCAAGCAGCUUUUGCAUGGUUGGCGAAAGUCUCUCGUAGGCCUCGAUGGUAUCAAGGAACUGGGUGUCACCACCAACGUCGGUUUGCAACAUACCGAACAAGGUGAUUCCUGGGGUUUGGUUUUCGUAGGUAACGUCGGAGUGCCAAGUGAUGUUGUUCAGCUUGUUGGCAAAGGUAUGUUUUGCCUCGUCCUUGCUACCUCUUCUAAAGGUGAUGUGGAACUCCGGGUGGCCAAGAGGGGCACCAGAGGUUGGGUGGACAUGCAAUGGGCCGAAUUGAACACCACUCACUUCGGUACCCAACUUAGGGCUGAUCUUUCUGGUCUUGACCUCAGAUCCAGAGAGCAGAGAGUCAAAGGUUGGAUCGCCAAAGUAUCCUCUGUCGGUGUGCUUGAAUGGCUUAGGAUUGGAAAAGGCCAUCUGGUGCUUUGGGUCCCAGGUUGGGGUCCAGGCAGGAUACUUCAGACGCUUGUAGUUAGCAUCAGAGAUAGAGUACACUCCGUUUCUGAUGGUGUCUUCACCUUUUCUAAAAUGGAUAUCGUUGUUGAGAUUGUCGACAGAAAGAACCAUGGUAAUUGCGUGCUCGGAAACUAUGGAUGGCUGCUUCAGCGACGGCAUACGUAUUUAUAUGGCUUCAUGAUUACAAAUCUGUGGUGGUGGCACAUCAUAAUUGUGGUUAUCUAA